AUGACUUCCUCAACCUUCUUCUUGGUCUGCCUCCAAGCCUUGCUCAUCCAGAAUGCUUUCAGUCAAUUGGUUCAACCCUUGGUGAAUUAUGGUAAUUUUUUGGGUGAUACUGGUACCGAUUUAAAUCUCAUUGCUGCUAGCAAUGCUGUGGGUGGAAUCAAUGGAUACUUGGGAAAUGGUGGGCUUAUUAACAAUGCUAUUGACGUUAAUACCAUCGGUUAUAAUGGAGUUGGCCUUGGUAAUAGUUUGAGUGGAUUGAACAACGCUGGCUUAGGAGUUGUCGGUCUCGGAUAUGGCAGUGGUCUCGGCGUACAAAACGUGGCUGCUACGUCCCAGGUGCCCGUAACCGGCCCGUUCACCGCUACUGGCAACGCUGAGCUCGUGGUCGGAGGUGACUUUGACGUCAUCGGUCAAACUGCAAUCGGUGGUCAGAUCCCAGUGAUUGGCUCUGUCACUUUCUCCGGCCAAGUUCCAGCCAGUGGCGUUGUCUCUGUCGCAGGCAACUGUGGCUGCUCCAACGUACCACUAUAA